ACUAAACGUUCCAUAUAUUUUUUUUUUUAAUUUACAAAAAUACAUUAUUUAUAUUAUUCUAAGUAAACGUUGAAACGUAUGAAUAUGACUAUGAAAUAACCCAAGCUUUAAAUUUAAAAAUAACGCGCACGAGAAUUCUCGAGACUGUCAAUUUCCGUCAUGGCGCCAGUGAAAAGAAGACGGAACAAACUCGGGCGGUUCAAAAGUCAGCCGGGAAUACAGCCAAAAGUCAGUGAAAACAAAAAGAAAAAUGUGAUCGAAGAACAUAAUUAUACAUCAGAACAUAUUUGUACAAGUUUCAACGGCUGUGAUGUAUGCUGUCCAGGGCUAAGUAAGUUGAAUGCAGCGAAGAAAAUCAACACGAACAGUUUGAAACUAAAAGGAAGACGUAUUGUGGAAUUUAACAUACUCAUUGAAGGUCUUGCGAACUGUAAGAAAUUUUUUUGUGGUCCUUUAUUUCUUUCCCCUCAAACAGUAAAAGCAGAAAUGAAAGUGGGACUUUCGGGGUAUUUAUAUGUGCAAUGUACCUACUGCGGUAAUGUAAACAGAGUACCCUAUGGGAAAAAACAGAAGAAGGUAAAAGGCAAGAGAGGAAUGCCCAGCUUCUGCGUGAAUACUAAACUCGGUGCAGCAAUGAUUGAUUCAGUUGGUGGUCCACAGAGGAUGAACAAUUUUCUUGCAACACUCAAUCUGCCAACAAUUAAUAAUAAAAACCUUAAAGUUAUGGAACGCAGAGCUGGUGAGAUGAUUGAGAAAUUUGCAGAUGAAAAUAUGAGAAAUGAAAGUCAAAAGGCAUUCAGAGAGGAAAUGGGAGAAGUUGCAGCACAGGAGAUGGAUUCAAAUGCAGAUUUUUAUGAUAAAGAACUUGGUGUCGCAAUAAUUGAAGAUGAAUUUGAAGGAGAUCCAUCACUCAUUGAAAAAUGCAAUAUGGGAGCAUUUGAUUUACUGACUGAGAGUAAUAGUACAUCCCCUCAACUUCCUGCCAAACCAAUGCCAGUAGUGAAAAAAGUUGGUGUUGACAGAACUGCAUCAGCCAAAACAAAAAAGAAAAUUAUAUUCCCCUCAAAGACACGAUCAGGAAUGACAGUAGCAGCUGAUCAUGCUUGGCAAAAGAGAGGUUAUGACAGCUUAACAGGACAUACUUACCUGAUAAGUAAAAGGAACAAAGUAUUAAAGACAGUUAUCAAGCAUCGGUCAUGUGCAACAUGCAAAUGGUGGAAAAGAAAUAGGCCAGGUCAGAGAAUAAGGUCUCACAGAUGUGUUUGGAACCACCGAGGCAGUGCUAAGAUGAUGGAGAGUGAGGCUGGACUACUUGCACUGAAAGAAAUGACCAGUCAAGACUUUCGUCAACAAUGACCUGUCUCCUGGACACUUCUCCGAGUCCUAUGCAGAGAAGAUGGACGCUGACAG